AUGGCCCACUCCGGGGUCGACUCCGGCGAGUUGGCGGCCUCUCUGGCUGCUCUGAACGCCUCCGUAGAGGUUGAGACGAUCCACGUCGAGGAGUCCCAGCCACCAACGCCAGACGGUACAGGCCGCCCCGUCAACUUUCAGAUCAUUGCGCCCGGACUCUACCGAUCCAGUUAUCCCCAAACGCCGCAUUUUCUGGAGUUGGAAAAGCUGAACCUUAAGACCAUCGUGACAUUGGUGCCACAGGUACUCCCUGAAGAUUACAAGAGAUACAUGACGAGGAACAAUAUCACUCACUAUCAUAUCCCAAUCCUCGCCAACAAGGACCCCGAAAUGUACACCCCGGACGCUGUGGUCUACCAGGUCCUUGAGUUGAUGCUCGACUCGGCAAACUACCCCAUGCUCAUCCAUUGCAACAAAGGGAAGCACAGGACUGGUUGCAUCAUAGCUAGUUUCCGCCGGGUGACGGGGUGGACGUAUGAGGCUUGUGUAGCGGAGUAUGAACGCUAUUCCAAACCAAAGGACCGAGCGCUAGACAAAGUCUUCAUUGAACGAUUCAAUCCUCUCCCCCUGAAGUCGAUUGCAAUCGAGAGGGGCUAUGUUGGUGGGGUCUGGCGACAGCCCGUGUGCGGCUCCACGAAUUUCUCGACCUACACCACCACCACUAUGGACACUAAUUAUACAACGACGACCGACGACUCUGCCAUUGAUACCCUGGAGCGCACCAAGACAGACGGCGAAGCAAUGGAAGCGCCAGAGCGCGUCAGGAAUUGGUUAUGA